AUGCAGGAGAGCGAGGGGGUGCAUGGAAACGUGUGGUUGGUGCCCACAGAGCAGCUGACGCUCUGCUUUGGGGGCCAGCGCGGGCAGGCCGCUGUGAGGGACCCGGCGCGAGGGGCAGAGGGGCUCUGUCCGCGGGGAAGGGGCCGCCCGGGCUGUGGGGGGCCCGCGGCAGGGCCGGGGCUCCGCGGGCGCCGUUCUGCCCCGAGGCGCGCCGGGGCUCGGCCGCGCUCCCUCGGCGCGGCGGCGGCGGCGGGAAGGAGCGGGCGGCGCCGCUCCCCGCCCCGCGGGCGGCCCCGGGCCGGCCGGGCAGACAACGCCCCCGGCCCUCACGCCGCGGCCGGGCCCGCCGCCCGUGGCAUUUCCUCUGAGCUCACUCGGCGGCUGACGCGGCACCGCUUCCCUCGGAAGGGGAAGGCUCGCAGCGGAGCGGCGGCGGCAGGCAGGGCGCGGGGCUGCGCGGUGACCGCCGUGUCGGCGGCGGCUGGGCGGGGGGCAGCGGCGCGGCCCGCGCUGGGGGCGGCCGGGGCGGAGGAGGGGGGCGGCGGGGGCGGGCGCUCCCCGCCCGCGGGGCCGGGCGGCGGCCACCCCCAUGGCCCGAGCCCCCGCCGCGCCGUGCCCGUCUACACUCUCAACUUGCGGGUCUUCUGGCCGCUGGUGACCGGCCUCUGCACCGCUCUCCUCUGCCUCUACCAGGCCUUGCGGGGCGGCGCGGCCGGGGAGGGUGCGGCGGAGGCGGGCUCCGUCCCGCUCCUCAAGGGCUCGGCGCUGUUGCUGCUGGGCUGCCUGCUGGCCCGCUGCUGCGGCGCGGCGGGCGGCGGCCCCAGGCCCGGCGGGGGGCGGGCGGCGGCGGCGGCAGCGGAAUCACGGCGCAGUGUCCUGGAGAACUUCUACGCGCGGCAGCUGCGGCUCUCGCCCCAUGUGCUGGGGCACAGCAAGGCGCACGUCGGGCGCGUCGUGGCCGAGCUAGUGCGCGCCGCCAAGGCGCAGGGGCUGCAGCCCGGCCCGCUGGCCCUCAGCCUGCGCGGCGACUUCGUGCGCAUCGGCAGCGCCUACGAGCAGCACAAGGUGCGCAGCCCCGACUGCUUCGACAUCCUGGUGCCUCUGCGGCUGCCGCCCCACCUGGAGCCCGAGCCGCGCAGCGCCGGCGGGCUGGGGCCGGGCGGCGGGCUGGGGCCGCACGGCGCCUUCCUCUGUGGGCUGCGGGUGAGGGCGGGCUGGCCGCGCCGUUGCCGGCCCUUCGCUGAGGGCUUCUGCGUGGAGCUGCAGGGCCGCAGCCACCUCUCCUCGGGGCUGGUGCUGCGCUGGUUCCAGGGCCACCUGCAGCGGUGCCUCGGUGCCGUGCGGUACCGGCUGCAGGAGCGCUGCCGCAUCAGCCUCUCGGCCUGCCCCGGGCGCCCGCCCACGCUGCACAUCUUGCCCUGCUCCGACUACGUCUGCUGUCACAUAUCCAUGGCCGUGCGCCUCAUCCCUGCCAUCCCUCUCGGCGACGCGGUCUACCUUACAGCCCUGCCGCCCCAGGGCCCACAGGCACCCCCGGCCCCCGAGGCCCUUUGGGGCCUCAACGCCUCGCGGCAGGAGCAGCGGCUGCUGAGCUGGCUGAAGGAGCAGGCCCCGGCCUCCUCCUGCCACCUCAAGUGCCUGCAGAUCCUCAAGGGCCUGCGGGACCUCCGCGGGCAGGGCCUGGAGGAGCCCUUCUGCUCCCAGUGGGGCCGGGUGCUCUCCUCCUACGUGCUCAAGACGGCCCUCUUCUCACUGCUGCUGCAGGGCCCCUUGGAGGCCUGGGACGCGCGGUUCCUGGUGGAUCGGCUGGAGGACCUAGUGCUGUACCUCAGGGACUGCCUCCGCAAGCAGGUGCUGAUGCAUUUCUUCCUGGGCAAUGCCAGCCUCCCCGAGGCCGUGGCGCUGCCCCGGUUCCUCAAGGAAGCCACCCCUGUGAACUUGCUUGCCGCCUUCGAUGGGCCCACACUGGACCUGGCUGCCUUCCAGCUGAUCAACACCUGGAUCCAGGCUCCACACAUCAUCAGGAUGUACAGCAGCCCCCGAUACUUGCGACCAGCACUCACCCCGUGCCGGCACGUCACCGAGGCCAGGCAGGAGCCGCCAGGAGAGUGAGCCGGUGACUGGGUGAACCAGCAUCGCCCAUGGACCCUAUGGGGCAGCGCGCGUGCUCCCAGCCUGCUGGUCCUUCAAGAGCCUGAAUCUGCCUGAGGAAGGUGGGAUCAGUUUAAAUGUGGUUCUGUGGUUUUGUCCCUGACCUGGGAAAUCUAGGAAACCAGAGGCCAAGACUUAAUGAAAUGGUGAUUCUUGU